CAGAAGGCUGUGCAGUGAAGGAUUGUGGCCGUUGUGAAGUAAACAUGGAACAGUUGACAUGGUCUGCAGUGCUGCUCCUACUGGCUCUCUCAGUCAGAGAGACAUUUACACAGAGAAUCAUCGGAGGACAAGAAGUCGAACGGUAUUCUAUCAAGUACCAGGCAUCUAUACAGUAUAACAGGAACCACUACUGUGGAGCCACCCUCAUUCGGCCCCAGUGGGUGGUGUCUGCUGCCCACUGCUGGAGACCGGCCCAGCUGAUCCAGGUGGUUUUGAGUGAGCACAGUCUGGUCGAGGAAGAGGGCUUCGAGCAAGUGUUCAACAUCUCCAAGAUCUUGGUCCACUAUAGCUACAACUACAAGACCUUCAACAACGACAUCAUGCUCAUCAAGCUCAGUGAGCCAGCCAAGCUCAAUGCCUACGUUCAGCCUGCCCCACUGCCAGAAGACGACACCCCUGCUCUCCCAGGGUACACCACCUGUACGGUGAGCGGCUGGGGUGUCACGCGUAUCUACAGCUACUUCCUGUCCCCUGUGCUGCGUGCUGUGGAUGUGCAGACCAUUCCAUACUGCCACCACUACUACUACUGGAGGAUCACAGACAACAUGAUGUGCGCUGGGUCUCGUUUUGGUGGCAAGGACUCCUGUCAGGGCGACUCGGGCGGACCCCUUAUCUGCAAUGGAAACUUGGAAGGCAUCGUUUCAUGGGGAAUCAGCUGUGCCAACCCUUACUUCCCAGGAGUCUACACUCAAGUCAGAAUGUAUGUCAGAUGGAUCGACUGGAUCAUCAACAGUGACAACCCCAACAACUGAAUCAAGACCAAUGUCCAGGAAGGGUAGUGCACACAGGGAAGAGAACAGUUCCACAAUUAAUUGAAUAGAAGGAUAUAAAUCACCAUGAGGUAAAAUAAAAUACUACACUAUUCCACUCCUGCUUGUCACAGUUUUAAACCAUAUGAACAAGAGCAGUGGCUGUGGCAUCACAUUAGCUGUGAGUAGAGGGCCAACAUAGAGGCAAUAUUAGGGGAAGUAGCACAGAGAUCCUACAGUAUGUAAUUCUGUGUGGAAUAGCAAUAAACCACAAUUUUCUCAUUAACUUAGUUAGCUUUGGACACUGACUAAAUUAUGUCUUUACAGAUAUCAGAUUUAAGCAUUGAGGUUCUGAGGUUGUAAGAAUCUGAUGAUUAUUAACCUUGUAUUAAACCUACAAACAUGAUUGACA